AUUUUACAGAGCACUGGUGAUUUUCAAAUAUUUUUGCUGAAUCGGUAGGAGACACUUGGAUGGUGGAUUAACAAGAACAUUGAAAUUCUGUGAGAAGUUUCAAAUUGGAGAAUAUCAAAUUUUCACCCUAGUCAAGCAGCUGUGCUGCUCACUUAAAUACAGAUGAAUGAAGACCCCAUUCGGAAAGACACCUGGCCAGCGGUCCAGAGCUGAUGCAGGACAUGCUGGUGUGUCUGCAAACAUGAUGAAGAAAAGGACUUCCCACAAAAAACAUCGGAGCAGUGUGGGACCCAGCAAACCUGUUUCCCAGCCCCGGCGGAACAUCGUGGGCUGCAGAAUUCAGCAUGGGUGGAAAGAAGGGAAUGGACCUGUUACACAGUGGAAAGGAACAGUUCUGGAUCAGGUUCCUGUAAAUCCUUCAUUGUAUCUUAUAAAAUACGAUGGAUUUGACUGUGUUUAUGGACUAGAACUUAAUAAAGAUGAAAGAGUUUCUGCACUUGAAGUCCUCCCUGAUAGAGUUGCAACAUCUCGAAUCAGUGAUGCACACUUAGCAGACACAAUGAUUGGUAAAGCUGUGGAACAUAUGUUUGAGACAGAGGAUGGUUCUAAAGAUGAAUGGAGGGGAAUGGUCUUAGCACGUGCACCUAUAAUGAACACAUGGUUUUACAUUACCUAUGAAAAAGAUCCCGUCUUGUACAUGUACCAGCUCUUAGAUGACUAUAAAGAAGGCGACCUUCGCAUCAUGCCUGAUUCUAAUGAUUCUCCUCCAGCAGAAAGGGAACCAGGAGAAGUUGUGGACAGCCUGGUAGGCAAACAAGUGGAAUAUGCCAAAGAAGAUGGCUCGAAAAGGACUGGCAUGGUCAUUCAUCAAGUAGAAGCCAAACCAUCUGUCUAUUUCAUCAAGUUUGAUGAUGAUUUCCAUAUUUAUGUCUACGAUUUGGUGAAAACAUCCUAGAUGUCAUCGUGAACUUUGCCAAAUUUGUGGAACUAUUAAAUGUAUAAUUUGUAGACAUAAAGACUUGAUUGCUUUCCAGUUUAAUGAAAGCUUAAAUGUCCCUGCGAACCCACAAUCUCUGCCAGCAAAACUGUUUUGUUCUGAGUAGUACAGAUUUAUGUGAACACAAAGCAUUUUGUGUAAGGAACACCUUCCUCUUAAAAGAAAUAUGUAUCUUUGGAGAGGAGUCACAGGCAAAUUUGGUAAAAGUUAAGCUAAUAUCAUAAUCAUCAAAAACUAUUAAUAGAUCUUAACCAUUUUCCCCUUCACCCUAACUCUCCUAUUCUGCUGCCACAAUGCAAGUGUAGUUUGGUAUUUUUUUGUUACUGCCUUUUUGAGAUAUAUAUCUAUACUUAUCUACCUAUCUAUAUAUCUAUGUGUAUAUAUAGAGUACAUAUUUAUACACAUAGCUAUAUGUAUUCUCUUACUCUCUCUCUUUUUCUCUCGCUCGCGGCAGUCCUUUCUUUGUGGAUUGGAUAAGGGGUUAAAUAAUUUUCUCCAGUUUAACAGGAGUGCUUGAUUCAAGUCAGUCAUACAUAUUAUA